UGGUUGAACAAAUAUUUUCUUAAGAAAAGUGACCGACACAACUCAGUAGCAUUUUCGUUUUCAGUAUUUUUCCCUAGUUGUAUAACAACCUUUCUCUUCUCCUCCCUCACGACCCGCACCUGCUACCAGUUCCUCCGCCGCCACGCCAUCCCGGUCGGACACAUCGACUCCCUCCUUUCCGGAGCCGUCAAAGAGGCUGCCGACCAGCUUGGAUUAGUCCAAGGACGCUAUCGCCGGUGGCGUGAGCGGGGAACCAUCUGAAUCAUGGAGGCUAAUUCACUUAUUCAAAAACCCAUUAAGAAGCAGAAACUGAAUGUAGAACAGGACAUUGAUGGGAACAGUAAUUGCUUAGGUAACUUACCCGAGGAGAUUCUUCUACACAUUCUUUCCUUUCUUCGAACAGAAGAUGCUGUUAGGACAAGCGUGCUUUGCAAAAGGUGGGAAUACCUAUGGGCUUCGAUUCCCAAUCUAGAUUUUAACUUGUUACAUGCCUCGCACGCUAAGCGAAAGCUUAGGAGACCACUUUUUAUGAAGUUUGUGGACAAGGUGUUUUGCCUUCGUGACUCCUCUGUUAUAGAACGAUUCAGUCUCUGUUGUGAUGUGCUAAGUGAUGCAUCUCGUGUUAAUACGUGGAUCUCUGCUGCAGUAAGGCAUAAUGUUCAAGAGUUGUUUAUUACGCUUGAAAACAUCAAAAGAGAAUUUUCACUGCCUUAUUGCUUGUUUACUUCCAAGACAUUGACAAGCUUGGACCUUUAUAUGAGCUGUAUCUUCAAGCUUCCCUCUACAAUUUGUUUCUCAAAUCUCAAAGUCUUGAAUAUUGGAAAAGUAACAUUUUCAGAUGAAUACUUAACCCAGCAGUUUUUCUCUGGUCUGCCUGUCCUUGAGGAGUUGGAAUUAAACCGUUGCAGCUGGGUUGAUCUCAAGGUUGUGCGUAUUUCUGCUCCCAAGCUUCAUUCUAUGAGCAUAUUCGAAUUUGAGUGUUAUGGGGAUGGUUGUCAGUUUAUGAUUUUUGGAGUUGGUCUCAAAAAUUUUAAUUACUGUGGUUGUCUGUUAAACGAAUAUUGCUUAUAUGAGUCAUUCUCACUAGAAAAGGCAAGUAUUCAUCUUGGAACUAAUGAUACAUCAGAACAAAUUGCUCAUCGCGUGCAUAAGCUUCUUACAGGGCUCUCCAACGUACAAUUCCUAAGACUUUCCUCUAAGGUGGUUAAGGUUCUAAGAUAUGCAGCAGAACUCCUACCUCAUAUGCCUAUGUUCAAUAACCUGGUGAGCUUGAUGUUCAAUGUCACUGAAAUGUCAAUAGAUCUUAGUUCUGAAGCACUGCUGAAGAUAUUGCAAAGAUCUCCUUGUCUUGAGAAUCUGAAAUUUUGGACGGGCGGUCUGACAUCAAAUUGUGAGGAAGAAGAUGAUAGGAUAUUGGACCCAGUGCCUUCAUGUUUUUUGUCCCAUCUCAAGCGGAUUAAAGUCGAUAGGUAUGAUGGAGAUGAGAAUAGGCUUUCUGCCAUAAAAAUUUUGCUCAAGAAGGCAGUUGUCUUGGAGAAAAUAGUUAUAUUUUUCUCGGUGUUUCUGAGCUUAGAGAAUCGAGUGAAGUUUUGUAAACAGUUGAUAGAGCUCCCUAGAGGAUCACACAAUUGUAAAAUUGUUGUGAAAUGGUAUGAUUGUUCCCCUGAUAGGUCAACAAAAUGUAAAAUUGUUUUGUCCUGAUCUUUUAUUGAGCCCUUGCUCUAGAAAAAAGCCAUGAAAUUCCUGUAUUUUUUUGGAAAUGUAAAGUAUGGCUUGUGCUAAUUCCGUGAAUUUGGAAUA